AUGUGUGACAGCCUAUAUAUUAUAUUUACAGUCAUUUUGAUUGUGGAAUUUAUUAUUGGAAAUUUGGGAAAUGGAUUUAUAGUAGUGGUGAACAUCAUGGAUUGGGUCAAGACAAGAAAGAUCUCUUCAGUGGAUCAAAUCCUCACUGCUCUGGCCAUCUCCAGAAUUGUGCUGCUCUGGUUAGUAUUACUGAAUUGGUGGCUACCUGUGAUUUACCCAGGCAGAUGGAACACUGAAACCAUGGUGAGAGUCAUGUACAGCACCGGGAUGGGAGCUAGUCACUUUAGUCUCUGGUUUGCUACAAUUCUCAGCAUCUUUUAUUUUCUCAAGAUAGCCAAUUUUUCUAACACUAUUUUUCUUUACCUUAAGGUGAGAGUUAAAAAGGUGGUGACGUUGACACUGCUGGUGUCCUUGGUUUUCUUGUAUUUGAAUAUUGUAGUUUUAAAUGUAUAUACUGAUGUCCUGGUUGGUGACCAUAAAACAAACUCAUCUUACAACUCCAGUUGGAAGAGCACACAGGUUUCUGUCACCUUUCUACUUGUGAACACCAUGUCCAUGUUCCUUCCCUUUGCCUUGUCAUUGAUCACAUUUCUCCUGCUCAUCAUCUCUCUGUGGAAGCAUCUGAGGAGGAUGCAGCACAGUGCUCAAGGAUGCAGAGAUGCCAGGACCACAGCCCAAGUCAGAAUCAUGCAAACAAUGAUCGCCUCUCUCCUACUAUAUGCCAUUGUUUUCCUGUCUUUUCUUGUGAAAGACUGGAGCUCUCUAAUGUUAGAGAGAAAGCUGAUCAUUUUGUUUUCCCAGGCUGCUAGAACUGCUUUUCCCUCAGGGCACUCCUGUGUCCUGAUUCUUGCAAACAGGAAGCUGAGAAGAGCCUCUGUUUCUGUGCUAUGGUGGUUGAGGUGCAGAAAGAAAGACGCUGAAGGACACUAG